CCGCUGACAAAAAUGGCCGAUUACGUUCGUGGUAGUGUCAUUUUGUAAGCUGUUGUAGGCAGUCGCUGCGUACGUUGCGCGGAUUCGAGUACGUUUCUGAGAAGACGUAUACGAGAGGAGGACUUAGGCGAAGACAUCAGUUUCACAGGGUGCUAAGCUUUUCGGCUGCGCGCGAGUGUGCGCUUGUGUGCGGCGUGCGUGCGUGCGUGCGUGGGUGGGUGUUCUGCGUGUAACGCGCGCGCGCGUAUCUUCCCCCGUGUGUGUGUGUGCGUGUGUGCGGCCCUCUGCGUGUACGUGUGCGCGCCUAUGGUGGUUCGAAAAUUUUUCAUUGUUAAAAAAAAGAAAAUAUUUUUUGUCUUCAUGGCCUUUUCCUUUUAAGCGAGGAUUAAACGAUCGUUUCGAAGAGCGUUCAAACAAACUCUGUCCAUACCUGUACUCUGUCUAUAUCUGUAACGUCAACGAAAUAAAUAAUGGCGAAUCUAAGACAGACACCGCUAACGUGCAGCGGACAUACGAGGCCCGUCGUACAUCUUGCCUUCUCCGAUGUCACGGAAUCCGGAUAUUAUCUCAUUUCAGCGUGCAAAGAUGGUAAACCAAUGUUACGGCAGGGUGACACAGGAGAUUGGAUUGGCACGUUCGAAGGCCACAAAGGAGCAGUGUGGGGUGUUGCCUUGAAUCCACAGGCCACAAGAGCGGCAACUGGUGCUGCAGACUUUAAUGCAAAAGUUUGGGAUGCCAUUAAAGGGGAAGAGGUUUAUUCUUUUCAACACAAUCACAUAGUUAAAUCGGUUAAUUUUAGUUCAGAUUCAAAUUAUUUAUGUACCGGCUCCAAUGAGAAGCUGGUGCGUAUCUAUGAUCUCAAUCAGCCCGAAGUAGCACCACAGAUUUUCUCAGGUCAUACAAGUGGAAUUAGGCACGUUACUUUCUUCAAGGACAAUACUGCAUUAGUUUCUUGCGCCGAUGAUAAAACAUUAAGAGUUUGGGAUAGGAACAGUGGUCAAGAAACAAAGAGGCUAGAUUUUCCUGCAAUCCCAAAUUCUAUGGAAGUAUCUAAGGAUGGCAAUAUUAUCACAACGACUCAUUCCAAUAUUGUUACUUUCUGGGACAGUAAAGAAUUAACUAAAAUACGUGACUUCACAGUGCCAACCCAAGCAAACAGUGCCAGCUUGCAUCCUGACUGCAGCAUUUUUGUAUGUGGUGGUGAAGAUUUAAAAAUGUAUAAAUUCGAUUAUAGUACAGGUGCAGAAAUAGAAUCAUUCAAAGGACACUUUGGAUCAGUACACUGUGUAAGAUUUUCGCCAGACGGAGAACUUUAUGCUAGUGGCUCGGAAGAUGGAACUUUGAGAUUGUGGCAAACAACUGUCGGCAAAACUUAUGGAUUGUGGCGUUGCGUUGAGCAAGCACCGACUAUUCAAGAAAGUGCUACUGUUAUUAAUAACAAACAAGAAGUUCCUGCCAGCUAAAUGCAUUUUUCUAUUAUUUACAAUCUACGAUGACGAAUUCGUGAAACGAAAAUGAAGGCAAAGUAAGGAAAAAACAAGAAGAAAAAAAAGAAUCUCUUAUCCUGGAAAAUGUAUCGAAAAUUUUUUUCAUCUCCAAUUUACCAUCAAAAUAUAUUUUGUAAAUAAUGCAUUUUUUGAGAGGUUCCGUACCUCAGCGAGUGGUUUUCUGAAGUUACAAAAAAGACUAAAUAAAAAGGACCAAAUUUUUAUAGUCUAACAAUUAUCUACGUAGACGCGGGACAUUCAUUGCUAUUUAUAUUAGAACAGAAAACCGAAGAAGAGAGAGAGAGAGAGAGUGAGAGAGAGAGAGAGAGAGAGAGAAGGAAACAUUUACUAACGUUGUACACAUGUCAUUAUUAUAAUAUUACAAAAUUAGAUAGAGGUGUAAUACGGAAAACAAAAGACGAUUAAAUAAUUCAA